CCCCCCGCCGGCGCCCGGACGAUGCUCAAGUCCCGGCUCCGCAUGUUCCUGAACGAGCUGAAGCUGCUGGUGCUGACGGGCGGGGGGCGGCCCCGGGCCGAGCCGCAGCCCCGGGGGGGCGGGGGGGGAGGCUGCGGCUGGGCGCCCUUCGCCGGCUGCUCCAGCCGGGACGGCGACGGCGACGAGGAGGAGUACUACGGGUCCGAGCCGCGCGCCCGGGGCCUGGCCGGCGACAAGGAGCCGCGGGCCGGACCCCCGCCGCCGCCCGCGCCGCCGCCGCCGCCCCCGGGCGCGCUGGACGCCCUGUCGCUCAGCAGCAGCCUGGACAGCGGCCUCCGCACCCCCCAGUGCCGAAUCUGCUUCCAAGGCCCCGAGCAGGGGGAGCUCCUGAGCCCCUGCCGCUGCGACGGCUCCGUGCGCUGCACGCACCAGCCCUGCCUCAUCCGCUGGAUCAGCGAGAGAGGCUCCUGGAGCUGCGAGCUUUGCUACUUCAAGUACCAGGUCCUGGCCAUCAGCACCAAGAACCCACUGCAGUGGCAGGCCAUCUCCCUGACGGUGAUCGAGAAGGUCCAGAUUGCCGCCAUCGUCCUGGGCUCUCUCUUCCUCGUUGCCAGCAUCUCCUGGCUCAUCUGGUCCUCGCUCAGUCCCUCAGCCAAGUGGCAGCGGCAGGACCUGCUCUUCCAGAUCUGCUACGGCAUGUACGGCUUCAUGGAUGUCGUCUGCAUAGGCCUCAUCGUCCAUGAAGGCUCUUCUGUCUACCGCAUCUUCAAGCGCUGGCAGGCAGUGAACCAGCAGUGGAAGGUCCUCAAUUAUGACAAGACCAAGGACGUGGGCGGAGACGCAGGGGGCGGGACAGCAGGGAAGCCAGGCCCCAGGACCUCACGGACAGGCCCCCCGUCGGGGGCAGCCAGCCGGCCCCCGGCAGCCCGGCGCAUGCGGACGCUCUUGCCUCAGCGCUGUGGCUACACCAUCCUGCACCUCCUCGGACAGCUGCGGCCACCAGAUGCCCGGUCCAGCUCCCACUCUGGCCGAGAGGUCGUCAUGAGGGUGACCACGGUCUGAACUGGACUCCAGGAGCGGGAAUUGGGUGUCCGUGCGUGCGUGUGUUGGCCAGAGACACGACGACGAGGCGUCUGGAGGUGCUACCGGGACAUCACUGCUUCCUCCCCCGCGGAUCUCGGCGGACAGCCUCACGCUGGAGGCGCGGUGUGGCCUUGGCGACCCACCGGGGCAGAGACACCUGGAUGCCACUCCGGCCCCCACCGGCAGCUCCUCGCGCUCGCCCCGGGGCGGCCAGCGCGCAGGCGGGGAGAGCAGCUUUUCUUCCAUAGAGAACCGUUCUUACCUCAGCUCCCAGGGCCUCCAGCCUCCCAGCUCCGCCACCCGACGUGGCGAAGGGGGACCAAUGCCAGAAGAAAGGGGCUGCAGACCCCCCCACCCCCUACCCCAUGGCCACAGGGCAUCUGGCAAUAAAACUAAGAUACAUUGACCUCCCGCUCCCUGCAUGAGGGCGGGGGGGCUUCCCCCGCCCCUCCCCCCACCGCAUGGGGGAGGGCAUAAAGAAUCAUUUAUAUGCA